CUUAACUGUGGCCAAAAUAUACACACAUUUCAAGAAUAUAAUUUCCUAAUCUUGCAGAAAACGAGCUGUUCUGCUCCCGGGCUACUUUGAAAUGGUGAAGGGUAUAUAAGUGUUUGACAUGGCUUCUUUGGCUUCCCCGGUGAAUUUGGGAAGUGUGAAUAUGAUUUCUUUUGGUAAUUUUGACGGUUCUUUAUGUUUAGUUAGGAGGGUCUCUUUUCACAGAAAUGGGAGUAGUUGUAGAAGGUUUUGGAGUGGCAGGCGGUGGAGGUAUAUUGGUGUUUGUAGAUAUUCUGUAACAACUAAUUAUAUUUCGGAACAAGGGACUUCGGUAUCACUUGAUUCGACAUAUAGAGGUAGUAAAGACAAUGAUGCUGAUACAUUUCUUAAAGCAGCUCCCAAGCCAGUGCUGAAAUCAGGGUCUAAGGUGGAUCCCCUUCUUAGUAUGCCUUGGGAUGAAUCUAAACUUGGUCAGAAUUCGGACAAUGGGAAGGUGGGUGACAGGGAGGAGGAAAGAAGUAAGGUGAUUGAGUCUCUAGGGGAGGUUUUGGAGAAGGCGGAGAAACUAGAGACCAGUAAGAAGGUAAAUGUCUCUGUGAACAAACCUUCAACAAAUGAAACAGCGGACCAAAAGAAUGGUAAACCAGUUAAUUCAGUUGAAAAUUCAAAUCGCAAGUCUAAGACGUUGAAGAGCGUUUGGCGAAAGGGAAAUCCGGUGUCCACUGUACAAAAAGUUGUAAGGGAACCUCUGAAAGAGGAACCUAGAACAGAUGGAGGAGGGGUGGCUGGCUCUCAACCUGUUGCUGCACCUAGACCCCCACAGCCACCUCAGAGAGUCCAACCGAAGUUACAAACAAAGCCAUCUGUAGCUCCUCCGCCUUCUAUUAAAAAACCUGUCAUCUUGAAGGAUGUAAAUUCAGCUGCCAAGUCCUCUGUUGCUAAUGAAACUGAUUCAACAGUGAAGGAAAAAGAGCGGAAGCCAAUUUUAAUUGACAAGUUUGCAUCUAAGAAGCCAAUGGUUGAUCCUCUGAUUGCACAAGCUGUUUUAGCCCCUCCAAAACCAGGGAAGAGUCCUGCACCUGGCAAGUUCAAAGAUGACUUUAGAAAGAAGAGUGGACCAUCUGGAGGACCUCGUAGACGCAUGGUUGACGACGAUGAUAUUCCUGAUGAGGAUACAUCUGAACUUGAUGUUUCCAUUCCUGGUGCUGCUACUGCCCGUAAAGGUAGAAAAUGGACUAAAGCGAGCCGGAAGGCUGCUAGACUCCAGGCAGCUAGAGAUGCUGCACCUGUCAAGGUGGAAAUAAUGGAAGUUGGCGAAGAUGGCAUGUUAACUGAAGAGUUAGCAUACAACUUGGCCAUCAGUGAAGGUGAAAUUUUUGGCUAUUUCUACUCUAAGGGAAUUAGGCCUGAUGGUGUGCAAAAGCUUAGCAAGGACAUGGUGAAGAUGGUCUGCAAAGAGUAUGAGGUUGAAGUCAUUGAUGCUGACCCUGUGAGGGUGGAAGAGAUGGCCAAAAAGAAGGAAAUUCUCGAUGAAGAUGACUUGGAUAAGUUAGAAGAUAGACCUCCUGUUUUAACCAUAAUGGGACAUGUUGAUCAUGGAAAGACAACGCUUUUGGAUUAUAUACGGAAGACCAAGGUGGCGGCAGCUGAAGCUGGUGGGAUUACACAAGGAAUUGGAGCUUACAAGGUUCAAGUACCUAUUGAUGGGAAGGCCCAAACAUGUGUUUUCCUUGAUACUCCUGGUCACGAGGCAUUUGGAGCAAUGAGAGCACGUGGAGCUAGAGUGACAGACAUUGCUGUCAUUGUAGUUGCAGCGGAUGACGGUAUCCGCCCUCAAACAAGUGAGGCUAUUGCUCAUGCCAAAGCAGCAGGGGUGCCAAUUGUUGUAGCUAUAAAUAAGAUAGAUAAGGAUGGAGCUAACCCGGAGCGAGUCAUGCAAGAACUUUCAUCGAUUGGCCUGAUGCCUGAAGAAUGGGGUGGUGAUAUCCCAAUGGUUAAGAUAAGCGCUCUUAAAGGGGAGAAUGUGGAUGAUUUGCUGGAAACCAUCAUGCUUGUUUCUGAGUUGCAAGAACUGAAGGCCAAUCCACAUAGGAAUGCUAAAGGAACAGUGAUUGAAGCUGGUCUUGAUAAAUCCAAGGGACCUGUGGCUACAUUUAUUGUGCAAAAUGGAACACUGAAAAGAGGAGAUGUAGUAGUUUGUGGUGAAGCUUUUGGAAAGGUGAGGGCUCUAUUUGAUGAUAAAGGGAAGCGGGUUGAUGAAGCAGGGCCCUCUAUUCCAGUACAGGUCAUUGGAUUAAAUAAUGUUCCUUUAGCUGGUGAUGAGUUUGAGGUAGUUGGCUCCCUUGAUAUUGCUCGAGAAAAGGCAGAGUCACGAGCUGAAGAUUUGAGAAACGAGCGUAUAACAGCAAAAGCAGGGGACGGAAAAGUUACGCUUUCUUCUUUUGCUUCUGCUGUUUCGGCCGGAAAGAAUGCUGGAUUGGAUUUGCACCAACUCAAUAUCAUACUGAAGGUUGAUGUUCAGGGGUCGAUUGAGGCUGUCAGACAAGCCUUGCAGGUGCUUCCACAAGAUAACGUUACUUUGAAGUUCCUCCUGCAAGCAACUGGGGAUGUGAGCACCAGUGAUGUUGACCUUGCAGUGGCAAGUAAAGCUAUUAUUUUUGGCUUUAAUGUCAGAGCACCUGGUUCAGUUAAGAGCUAUGCAGAUAACAAAAAUAUUGAAAUUCGGUUGUACAAAGUUAUCUAUGAACUUAUUGAUGAUGUGCGAAAUGCAAUGGAGGGACUGUUGGAUCCUGUUGAGCUGUUUAUAUUUUUUUUUUUUGCAGGAACAAGUGCCGUAUUCAGUAGUGGGAGUGGCCGUGUUGCUGGAUGCAUGGUGACGGAGGGAAAAAUAGUGAAAGACUGCGGAAUUCGUGUUCUAAGAAAAGGAAAAGAAGUUCAUGUUGGUGUCCUUGGUUCCUUGAGAAGGGUCAAGGAGAUGGUAAAAGAGGUAAAUGCUGGGCUAGAGUGUGGAAUUGGAAUCGAGGAAUUUGGUGAAUGGGAGGAAGGGGACAUCAUUGAGGCCUUUAACACAGUGCAAAAGAAAAGAACACUCGAAGAGGCAUCUGCCUCGAUGUCAGCUGCCAUUGAAGAAGUAAGGAUACAGCUAUAAAGAAUCAAUGCAUGUUUUUCAUGUGGGCUCGCUUGCUGAAUAUUCUUAAAGUUACAUACUGCUCCAAAGAAUGGUUCAAGUUUCAACCAAAUUUCCUGGAAUUUGACUUGCUAAUGGUGCUGAUGAGUUGUGGCUGCAUCCUCAUCCAAGCUGUUUGUGAUGCCUGCCGACUAAACCUGCAAUGGGAUGUUGUAAGCUAUUUCACUGUAUAUAGCUAUAUAUAUCAAAAUCGAGCUCCAUUUUGUUAAGAGCGACACGUUGAGCAUUUAUUCAAGUUCUUACAAAUCCAGAAAUCACAUGUGUAGGAUAUGCAUUGAGAAGAAGAAAGGGUAUCGGAUGUUCUAUCAUGAA